GAAAAUGGAGGAGCCUGUUGUCUACGUUUACGACCGCCGCACUGGCGACAAACCGGAGGAAAUAGUUUCUCUACAAGGCGUCUUCGAUUUUCAAACGUUCCGGAACAAACUGGUCGAAACUCUGCACUUCGAUACAAGAGAGGAAUUUGUUAUCACGAACAGCAGCCGACAGGAAAUCAGUGACGACGCAUCUUACGAGAAUCGCGUCGUCCAGGGCGGCACUCUGUACGUCCUCCAUUCGACCGACCAGGAGCUACUAGCACCCACAGAUGAAAGAAUCGAUUACGUUCCGCACUACGACACUUUAGUCAAGAGCGGUAUCUAUGAGUACUAUGCCAGUGAAGGACACAAUCCAUUGCCUUAUGCGUUCGCCGAGUUAAUCGACAAUGCACUGACGGCGACUGCAAAGAACGAGGGAGAGAGGAACAUUGAUCUUUACUUGUACUUGGAGGACUCACCUGUCAUCUGUGUCUUUGACAAUGGGCGUGGCAUGACAUCUCGUCAGCUCAACCAUUGGGCCAUCUAUCGUUUGUCUAAGUUUCUACGGAAUAAAGGAAGCGAUUUGAAUGAAUCGUUUGUGCAACAGAAGACGCCUCGAUCAUUGAACAGUGACAUCUCUUACUUUGGAGUGGGAGGGAAGCAAGCUAUCUUUUUUAUUGGAACGUCAUGCAGAAUGGUCUCAAAGACUCGUCAUUGUGGUGAUGUUCACGAAUUGAGUAUGUCGAAGGAAGAAUUUGAGGUCAAGGAGAAGGAGAGAAAAUCAGUGUUUUCAGGACGCAUUAGAAACAGAAGGCCUGGAGAUGCCAGUCACCUACAGACAGGCGGUAACGAAAUUCUGAAAAAGCUAAUCGAAGACGAAGAGGUGAAUAGAGAACAAUUUACAGCAGUCUUCAUCAGCGAAAUUGCGGAGAAGAACGUUCAGUAUCUUACCAAGAAUUUUGCGACUUGGAGCAGACAGCUCGCUCAUAUUUACCACUACUAUCUUCACGGAUUGCACGGAAACGUCGCAGACAAACAGGAAAGACCGCCGACUUCUUUCAAGCAGAUCAACAUCACUAUUCAUAUGAAAGCUGGUAAAGACAAGACGAUGUUGCCUCUUCGUCUAGUCGAAGACGACAUGCAAACGCGAUACAUUCGUUCUGCGAAAUCGACGUUUGAAUUCAAAGUGGACGUGCAGGGCGUUGGAGAAGUGGAAGGUGUGCUAAGAUACCAUCCUUUUGAGUAUGAUCACGAGACGUAUCCCGUAUCUUUGGACGCUGAAGAGGAAUUUUCGGACAUUGAAGAUGUUGAGGAUGCCGUCCAGCCGUCGAGAAAAGCGCGAGGAAAUAGUGCGAUGUUCGAAUGCUUCUGGAACGGUAGACUCAUUCCCUACACAACAAUCGACGGGCUUGAGUUCUGUGAGCCAUCUAAGCGGACGACAACGACGGCUCCUUUGGAAUGCUAUUCUAGGAUAUCUGGUUGUCUCUUUACUAACGACGCCUUUCAAGUCAGCACCAACAAACUGACGUUCAUCGAUCUGCCAGUGAAGUUAAAGGAAAAGAGCAAUACUAUUAUCUACUCGGUUGUGACGAGUGAUGGUCGUUCGAUUCGUGACAUUAGGAAGCACUUUCAGCAUUGGCUACGCGAUUGUCAUGAGAAAUUCGACAAGGAGGUGCAUUUUAUCGAGCAGACAGGAUCAGAUCGGAGGCGGGAAAACGUGGAAAGCAAGCGUCGUCAGCAUCCAUGGUGCGUGUAUCAAAGGAUCGAGCUCGAUGGCAAGACCUAUCAGUCAGGAGAUGUGGUGAAAACGUGUCGGACUAAUCCCUUAGUUUGUGGGCGUGUGGUAAACUUUUGGCUCUACGGACGCCAUGAUGGCGACACGUUUGCCAACACGGGCGAGAUGGAAAUACAUCAAGAGCCAACGAUGCUCUACACCACUGCAAAGUUUUAUCCUCUAACCAAACUCGACAGACAAACUUCGGAGGAAGAAAUAUUAGAGAUCAUCAAGGAAGAGCAAUUGAAGUUACCUAAAGUGCUCGAAGUCAGCUUUCCUGAGAACAAUGAAGUGAAGGAGAAGGGAAAGGUUGUUUGUGGGAAACCGGUUGGUCCAGUGCAGGUUCAGAUUCUGAAUGGGAAGGGAGAGACAAUUGGUCGACUGGCCGGCACUGUGGGAAGGAAACUUGGUGUCGAGCAGACGGUGACAUGUGGAGAGAAAGAGAUCUGUAGACAUGUUGGAGAGUACAGUUCAAAGUGGUUCUACUGGUUUAGGAUGAUAAGCGAGCUAAAGCAUCUCGGUUCUCAUACGAUGAAAUUACAGGCAGUUGUAUUGGACGGUGACAAGCAACAACAGAGUCUUCAACUGCCGUCGUCGACCAUCAAUUUCGUAGUAACUGAGGCACCCGCAACGAGUUUUAAAAUUGUGCCACUUGAAGAGCCAUACAAAGUCGGAGAACCAUUUCAGGUCCAACUCGAACUCUUUGACAAGUUCAACAAUCGAGCUCGCUUACCUCCUGGAUCAGAACCCCAACUAUCUGCUGCCGGUGUUAGUUUUUCUGUCAAAGAUGGUGUAACUAAAGGCAACGUAGUGACAAUCCGUGGAGUAGUAGCAACUGCCAAAGUCAACAACACCUCAGGACAGACAUUCAAACUGAAAGUGUCUGUCGCUACUAUACAAUCUGAAUAUCUCGAGACGAAAUUAAGAUUGAUACCAGGAAAUCCACACGUGCUCGAAUGUGUUUCUGCUGGUCCCUUUUUGGUCGAGAAUUACAAAUCUCUUCAGAUGACCGUUCACGUCAAGGACUGCAGUGGAAACUUUAUAACAGAUUCACAAGUCAAGCUUGUAUGCAAGCUGUCUGGAGCUGAUUCGUUGCCAACGUACUAUGCAGAUUGCUCUAAUGGAGUAGCUACAUUUUCUGGUGAAAGCAUUAUGAUCAAGAGACAGUUCACUGGUAGAAGAUCGACUUGUGGACUGCAAGCAAAGAUAUCAGUAAUGGGAAAUGACAAAAUCCCUGCUAUUGAAACAAAAGUCAUAGUACAGCCACGCUCAUCUCCAUCUAAGAUAAUUAUUUAUCACAAAGCUGUCGGGUCAGCAGCAAAGAAACAGUUGCUUCCUGAACAAGACAUUUCAGCUCCCGUCGGAUCGACCGUCACAGGACUCUCAUUUGCUGUUUUCGAUGAGGCAAAUAGGGAAGUAAAUAUCAACGACUUUGCAUCUAAUGUUAAGGUGAAUUGGACAAACAAGUUGAACACGGAGUCUGUCAUGUCUGGUCUAUUACCCGGCAUACCGGUUCCGUCGGUCGUCUCGGAGAUGAAAUAUUGCGAAGUCAGUCUGAGUGGAAUGGGCAUCGAGAGCAGUUUCCAAAUCAAGCCAACUGUCGGUGAAUUCAGUGCUCUCAAGUGCAUAGCAAGUCAUCGGCAAGUGCAAGUGAAGCAGACAGACGACGUAGUCAUUACCGUCCAGUGCACAGACAAAUUUGGCAAUAUCCUUUCAAAGCUGCCACCCGGGUUUAGCGAGCAGCUGAAUGUGUCUGGUGCAGACUUGGAUGUUAAUGAACUGAAAGUAACAACGUCUUCGAACAAUCAGGUUACGAUCAAUGGUAUCGCCUUCAACAAAGUUGAAUUGGUUAUUCGUGAGUUGACUGUGAGCUUUCAAGGAAUAAAGGCUUACGUCACGUUUGAUGUUGUUGCUGGAAGUCCCGCUCAAGUCAAAUUUCUUCACUACAAUCCAAAGGAGCCGAUUUACGUGUACAACGAGUCUCGGUUGCCUGCUGCGCUCAUUAUCCAACUCUACGAUAAAUUUGGAAACGUGUCACCAGAAGAAAACGUUAAGAUUGCGCUUGGCAAGACGGCUGGUCUCAAGUUCGAGCCGGCCACUCACCCGCAGAGAACCAAUGAAGCAGGACAGGUGAAUUUUGGUCAGUUGACAGUUAGCGGAGCCAAGGGCGAAUACACGAUUACACCGAGAGCAACAUUGGCAACUAAUCAGCAGGUGUACGGUGAAAGUCUUAGAAUUCAUAUUCAACCAGACUCGACGAAGGCUGCUGAAAUCAACGUUACCUUUCAUGGCUCCAUGCAGUGUACAGCGGGAACUCAAUUGCCAGACUGUGAAGUGUCUGUUGUGGCCGAGGAUCUCAAUGUUAUGACAAACAUUAUGGCACCUCACAUUGCAAUGGGAAUCAAAGAGAGUUCAGCUGAAGACAUACCUGAGAACGUUCAUCUCAUAUCUCCUCCUAAUGUAGGACCAGCCGGCAACGGUCUCUUCUAUUUCCAGAAGGUACGUGUACCUGAAAAAGCUGGCACGUACUCGGUCAUGAUCAACUACAUAUCGGCAGACACAAGGCUUACUAGUCCGAUGUAUGCUGUCAAUGUUGUGCCUGCACUUCCCAAUCGUCUAGUUCCUCUAAAUCAACCACCAACUGCAACCGUCUCGAAUCAGACACGAGCACAGAACCGACAAUUGGUGAAGGCCAUGGAACUACAACUACUUGACAUCUAUAAUAACGUAUGCACACAAGACGAGGCGACAGGCACAGUCGCAGUGACAGUCAUCUCGACUCGAAACGUUGCGACUCCUCAGCUAGUCGGCGGUGUCUCUUCGACGUUUCGUCUUGUUAAGGGUAUUUGUAUGAUCAAUGAACUUUUGGUCAAAGAGAACUGUCCCGGUCAAGACGGAGAACAAUAUCUGCUAAGAUUUGUAGUCAGUCUGCCAGCAUUCCCGAAUCUUUCCAUUUCGCCGUUCGACUUUCAAUUUUUGUUUUUUGACGAUGUCAAGAAGCAACGAGAAAUGGCUCAGUUGACUAGGCAAAGAGAUCAACUGUCUGAGUUUUUGAGGACGUGUUCGACGAUGUUUCAGUCCUCAUACCAAAUCAUCAAUGAGUAUGAAAGUAAAGUAAGGGAGUACGCUGCACAAGAACAGAGAAUGCAGCAAGAUCUACGACGGAGCAAGGUGCCUCCCGAAUGCAUAGCAACGGUGGAUGCCGUUGAAGACUACAUUGGUAAGUGUACGAUCGAGAAAGAGAAACUGGCUCAGGCUCCUCGGCGUCAAUGCCUUCUUCCAGCUGUCGGAGGACACGACCCAGAGAUUUUAGGAAAGAUUGCUCAUUUAGCACAAGUAGUGGAUGACGACAUAGCGAGAGUGCUGUCGUGGCAUAUGGCCAGUGAUAUGGACUGCGUAGUAACCAUGACGACAGCAAAGGCAAAGGAAGUCUACCGUCAAUCUCAUGGCAACCAGCAAGUGCUUCCCCUCGAUGGUAUAUACAGACGGAAUCUUCCCGACUGGAACAGGCCGCUGCCUCAUCUGAAGGGAGGAUCGAGAUCGAGACCAACUGCUGGGAAUCCUGUUUAUGCUAGAGAUCUGCUUGUGUUUACUCGUGAUCCUGAUAAUUGCAAAAUCGUGAUUGGAAUGUUGCUGGGAGAAACAAUCAUUAUUGAUACUUUAGAAGAAGCUACGUCUUACAGGCAAGAAGUUGUAAAAUUUACUCAUUGUCCUACUAUUCUUACUCGAAUGGGAGACAGAAUACGGAGCAAUGGGAAGUUUGGUGGUCUUCAAAAUCGUGCUCCCACUUUGGACAGAAUGCGUGGUGCUGUGUUUUCUGCUCCUCUGCCCCAAGCUUAUACAACUAUUUGUAAACAGAUAGAAAAACUUCAAGCAUACCAGCAAGUGCUUGUGAAACACAACACCGCCAAGCGAGAACUCAAGACUCAGAAGGAGCGCAUGAAUACAAUCGAAAUGUCCACAAAACGCGAAGACAUGCGUAAAGCCGAAGAAAAACUGCAGGAAAUUGACACCCAAUUGGGUCUCCGGUCUUCAAACACCCACCCACAGCUCCAUCCCUCUCCAAUCAGCCAACCAUCAGCCCAACUGACUCGGAGAACUCAAAUUGUCGGAGAGAAUACUGAGCCAUCAGCCAAACGAAUGAGGAACUCAGCAUCGACUCGAUCUUCAUUGGAGGUUGUCUCUAUUGAGGAGUCGGGCAGACGUCGAUUGAGACAGACGACGUCAUCGGGUGACACCCCAAAGAAGAGAGGUCGAUAUGCAUAAGAACGUGAGAUGAGAAGGUUGGCAGACAUUUUUGGAGGCAUUUUGGUAAUGAGUGUGAGAGAUAGAGCGGCGUGUGUUUAUGAGUGCUUGACUAUGCUUGUGAUUGGGUCGUAUUUUAUUGGUGCCCAUCGAGAUUGUUGUGGACCCUUUCUGCACUGAAGUGCUCGACAACACAUGUUGACAAUUUUAAGUAUCUAAGUAUGCGUGU